CAACAAAUCAGAUUUUACACGAUAAACAAAAACAAAAGCAGACAGCAGAUCUCAAAGGAAUCUUUGGUGAUUUUAGGAUUUAAGGGGGGCAGUUUUACCAUGAACAACAUAAGCUUGUGACUCCAAAGAGCAACUGGAGAGCAUUUAAGCAGAGGCUGACCUCCAACACACAGCUUGUGGAGUUCAACUAUGUCUUUUCUCAGGACUGUUUUAAAUGACUCUGUCAUCAUUCAUCCUCCAGGCUUCUAUAUCAUUGGAUUUCAGACAUUUCCCUUCAUCAGUGUCUAUUUCAUCUUUCUGGCAUUUGUCUAUGUGGUUACAGUGCUGUUCAACUGUUUGGUGAUCUGUGUAAUUGUCUUUAAUCAUUGCUUACACACUCCAAAGUUUCUGGCUGUUGUCAAUCUUGCAGUGAUUGAUUUAUUCCUUAACACAUGCCUUAUUCCCAACAUGAUAAAAAUAUUCCUUGUUAAGGAUAAUUUCAUUCCAUUCAACCUCUGUUUGGUACAAAUGUUUGUCUACUAUGCUGUUGUAUCUCUGGAGUCAUACGCACUUGCUAUACUUGCUUAUGACAGGUUGAUUGCAAUAUGUUUCCCUCUGCGUCACAACUCCAUCAACACACUGCGGAGCAUGUCUUGUAUUGUUGGUGUUACUUGGUCUUUUGUUCUGGCAGUUACAGGGUUUGCAAUAGGUAUAAUGACUCGACUGUCUUUUUGCAGUUCAGUCCAAGUGUUCAGCUAUUUCUGUGACUAUGCACCUGUGUUUAGACUCGCCUGUAAUGAUUACUCAAUGCAGUGGUCUGUGGCCUCUUUUUUCUCCAUUUUAAUCCUUGUAGGACCCUUUACUUUUAUUCUUCUGUCAUAUACGAGCAUCCUGGUGACUGUAUUCAGGAUGAAAUCUUUAGACAGUCGUGUGAAAGCUUUGGCUACUUGUGUUGAGCAUAUCAUCCUUGUUGCUGUAUUUUACAUUCCUCUCAUUACCAUUUUUAGCAUCGGGUUUUAUCUGCGAGCAAUUGACCCAGACCAGCGUGUGCUGAGCCUGUCGCUGGCCUCUUGCAUCCCACCCUGCAUCAAUCCUAUUGUAUAUUCUUUGAAAACUAAAGAGAUCAAAAUCAGAGUCCUGACGCUGGUGAGAAAAAAUACACUUAGCAAACAACAAACAAACCAACACAAUUAGGACCAAUUUGUGCAGUGAGUAAAGAGCCUGAACUGUGUGCUUUCUGAAUAACAUCUGUCAACAGAAAUGUCCCAAAUGGCUAAGCAGGCUGGUUUGACCAUCAGUUCAUCAGUGUGAAGAUGGCUAUGAACUGCACUGCACUGCAGAGAACACAAUUUAAUUCUAAUGUCAUUUAAUCAAAGUUGCAUCAUGUGUAAUAUAUUAAUGCAUAAACAUCUUUGAGCUAUAGUCAAUUUAUAACUCAAGGCCAUAAACUUCAUAAAAGUAUAACGGGACACUUUGAUUCACACACCUUUAUAUAACAUCUACUGUAGCUGUAUUCCACCGGUGUUGACAUUUUUUUUUAAUUGUCUGUGUCCUAUAUGUUUGUUUUAGGCAUUGAAUAUCCUGAUCACUCUGUGUCUGCAGGUGUGUUCAUUUGAAGCUACUCCAUGUAAUGCCAUGUUUGACUGAUGAAAAGUCAAUAUAUGUUUAUUAUGUUCAUAAUGCCAACAUUGUAACUUCAAACUUUAAUAAUUUAUCUUCCACCUCUCUAUGAUUUUGAAGGAUUUUGAAUAGUUUGGGAUGAAACCACCCGACUGUAAAUGCUUCACAAGCAUCCUUCUCCUAAUUUGAACAUUUCCUGCAUUAAAUGUGUCAACUCUUUAAACUGUGUGCUUCUUG